UACAGCCAGCCGCUAAUCAGUGCAAUCAACAGAGCACUUGAGCUAAUAAGCCGCUAAAGCGAGUGGUUCGGUUUUGGGUCGGAAUUCAGUUACCAACGGAACGUUGCACACACAGUAUGAGGCUCUCCCCGACUUGUCACUUCAGUCUGCUGGCACUAUGCCUCCUGGCAGUGCCACAGGUGCAGGAGGUGCAAUCCCAGGUGCUGUCCGCGACACCAGAUGCAAACGCCACACAGGUGGUGACAAAAGUUCUACGCCGGUACAAGCGUUAUCUGGCAUUUCCGGAGGGCUCUUCGGUUUCGGGAGCUAUAUGCUUGACGAUCGGCAUGAUUGGCAACCCCGAUGUGGACUAUCUCAGCUGGGCCGUCAACUGGGGCGUGGCCUACGAUCUGCCCAACCACCAGUGGGUCAUCCAGCACGCCCACGGACUGAACGCCACCCUGGCCAAGGACACCAUCAAGCGCCGCUCGCGUCGAGCUUUCUACGACGAGGUGCAGUCCUUAUUUGACAACAUGGGAUUCAAUGGACGCUCGUGCGUGGCUCGAGCUCUUUGCGAGAGUGCCAAAUUUAUGCUGCCGACCCAGCAACGCGGAAAUAUGUUGCAGGAGUUGGUCAGGACCGUCUUUAGCCUGCCGCCCACUCCGGUGGCUGCCCACGAGCCCCGGGCCCAUCACCAGUACGAUCGUAUCUACCGGAGAUCCAAGCGGAACUCUCGAGAGUGUCACGAAAUCUAUCCGGAUUGUCAGUUCUCGUUGCUGGCCUUGGCUUUGGGAAAAUACAUGGCAGCCACUACUACAAAGUUUAGUUCUUUUAACUAUAUGUGAGGACCCACAAAGCUGGAUUUAAAAAUAAAAUACGAAAUAUGGAUUAAAAAGGCUUCAUUAAUUUUCUUAAACUGCUUGAAGUCAAAAAGUCGAUAGUUUUUUGAUAAACUGGAAAAAUAAAAAUAAAAAGUUAAAAUAGAAAAACCUGAUAAUAGAAAUUCCCAUGCUCGACCCACAAUUUUUGAAAUAAAAGGCAGGAUACAUUUUUUUUAAAACAAAUUAUUUUCAUUCUUCUUUAUUUAAUAACGCGUAACAUUUAUUUAUAUAGUAAUUGUUUUCUUUUAAUGUGUCGUCGUUUUUUUUAAUUGUUUUCAAUUUUAGUGUUAUUUUUCGCAAUUGUUGCUAUUAUUUCAUUUUGUUUUGCGUUUAGCUUUAGUUCGUUAUUAAGUGUCUUACAUUUAAGUUGUUAAUGCAUUUCUUUUUUAUAUUGUUGUGUUAGUCAACAUAUUAAUUUUUCUUCUAUCGAUUCUGUUAAUUUUUUUUUUUUUAGCUUAUGAUCUUUUAAUUUUUGAUCAAUUUUCAAUGUUCAAUUGUUAGCUUGCUGGCUGCGCGUGAGUGUAAUUACUUUAGUUUCCGUUUGUUAUGUAAUAUGUCUGCAGUUUUGUUGUUCAAGAGAGUUUCGAAUAUAUAUUUAAUAUAUAUAGUAUUCAUAUAUAUAUUUACGCAUGUAUUUGUUAUGUGAAAUGUAAAUGCAACGCUUUUCCGGUUAAGUUUAAGUAUUGUGUCACAUUUAUUUGAAUUACUGAUGCACAAAUUUUUUAUAUACCUUGUCUUUAGGUUUACUUUUUGCUGAUCUUGCAUUGAUUUGCAGUGUCAAAGUUAGCUUAGCCUAUUCUUAGUUGCAAGUAUUUUACAUAAAUUGUUUAUGGAUUAUCGUAACUUAUCUUUCUUAAGUUAUGCGAUGCCAUUUAACUAAAUUUUCAAUUUAGUCAAAAUUGAUUUUUGUGUAGAAUUUUUAGUGAGCGCUUGGGACGCCUAACUAAAUCUUCAUUUCAUGCUUGUAUUUAUAUCUGGCUUUAGUUUACUGACUAUAUGUACGUAUAUUUAUUAUUCAUAUAUUUGGUUUUAGUUUUCUUUUUUUUUGUUGAGCAAAUUGUCGUUAGUUUAGCCCGUAGGCAUUUUACCUUUAACUUUAAUAUUUGUGGUGUUGUUUUCCCCAGUGAGUUGCAAGAUUUUAAGAUUUGCCAUUUUCUUUGAUUUGUUUUGAGUUAAAAAUCUUGACGCUAAAAUUGAUUUUUGGUUUUCAUAUCUUGAUCGAACGAAUUGAAAGAAAAUGUACACAAAACUUGCAACGGAAGCACUUAAUUCUAACGGCACCUAAUAGUUAAUACAAAAAAUAUACAUAUAGGUGUAUAUGCAUAAUGUAUAUCUCUAAGUAAUAUAUACUCUCAAACAUAUAGUUAUUUAAAGUUUAUGAAUUUACACAUUUGAUUUUGGCCUUAUUUCGCACACACACACAUGCAAUGCCUUUCACACGGAUUCAUACUUAACGCAUACAUACAAGCAUUAAACAUUUAAUUAUUUUCAGUGGAUCAGUGUGUGAGAGAGUCUGAGGGUGUGUGUGUUUUGUGCUGCCUGCCCAUCUGCGAAUUUGUUAUGCCAAGGACUUAAAAACAUUUUGAAAAGGAAUCGCUUAAAACUCAUGCAGUUGUUCUUUGAUUUCUUGUCCAUCAGAUAUUUGGAUUCAAAUAUAGAAUUUCAAACUUUUGGACACCUUAACGCGAUUGAAAGCCGCCGUUUAAGUAGAUCUCCUGAAUGUUGAAAUUAUUUACAAAGCAAGGUCCUAAGGUCAGCUGAUUGUUUUGCCCUUACUCUGUAGAAAUAUUUUACAAAAGUGGUCUGGCUUUGCAAUUUUAUAAAAGAAAGCAAAUCAUUUAGUUGCAUUGCUGAUUUAUAAAUCAUGGGGAAAAUGGUGAUUGCUCUGAAAUGUGUACUUCUAAAUUUGCUAGCUGUCAUUGAAACCGUUUUUAAUGAAUUAAUUUAUGUAUUUUUUGAUUUGCCUCGCUUCUAGCCAACUUCAUGGAAAUUUGUUAGCCAAAUCGAAUUAAACAUUCGGCAACUGUAUGUACAAGACGAGCUUUUAUGGGAAUUGACUUAUGUGGUGUGCUUAGAAAUUCUGAAAAAGUGUGUAGUUCAUCUAUUGUCAGGUACUUGAUUAGUUGCUGGGUAACGAAAUGGGUAGGAGUUCAAGCGAGCGAGAAUAGGCGUCAACCGAAAAAGGUGUCAUCUUUAAUUUUCCUAUCAACCACUAAGAGAUGCAAUGAUUAUUCGCUAAGAGAUGCAAUGAUUAUUCGCUAAUCGACUUUGCAGUACAGAGUUUAUUUGUGUGUGUAUUGGUGUAGAUUGGCGUUUGAUGGUGUAGGUUUCUGUUUGUGUGGGUGUUUGUUCUUUAACUAUUUCCAGCAUUUCUGCAUUAAUCAGCUCCACAGUUGCUUCCAAUUUGUUUUGCUUACUUGUUUUUUGUUUUUUAGCAAUACGCAGACUUUGAUUCUUGUUGUGUUUGCUACAAAAGACGACCUUUGAUUGGAAGACAUACGAUUUUAUGUUUUUUGAAUCUCAGGGUCAAGCCGCAUAUUUAUCAAAUACCUCAAUUUCCUGUUUACAUCGUAAUUAUUUUCUUUAGUUAUUCCACUUUGCUCGAUUUAAUAUAUUUUGUUUAAUAACUAUUUCGCGUUUAACUAAUUAUGAUAUUUGUUAGUGCUAAGUGUGAGUGGCCUUAAAUUUGUUUUCGAUUUGUUAAAAUGAAACACCUUUAAGCCUUGAAUAACUGCCCCUAUCGAAAUGGAAAGCAAUGCAAUAUCAUCAGGAGUGCCAGAGUAAUCUCUGGUGAUUGGAAGUCUCUUGAAAAAGUGUCUAAGGGUUUGCUUCAAAAGAUAUUAAGUCGAAAAAGGACUUUUAGACACCAUUUCAAGUGAUUUCAAAUUAACCCAAUUCUUUUUUUCAACUAUACAAUUUUUGAACUAUCUUAAAACAUCAUCUAAGGGCAUUUCACUCGCCAACCGUUGAGUGUUUUUCAUUACUAGUUUCCUCAAGGAGUUUCCUGUGCUUUAUCUAAGUUUUUUGUGUACACAAGUUCGUUGUCUGCUGUAACUGUAAUCGAGAAAUGAAUUGUACUGGAAAUAAAUUCUUUUCGCUUGCUGAAUGAUCGAUCGAUGAUGGAUCGGCGGUUGACUCAUAAUAUGUAUUUGUAUAUACAGGUAUGAACUGCCUCAACUGUGUGCUUCUUGUAGAUGCAUUGCUGUGUGUGUGUGUGUCUUGUUGUGGUUACUUUAGUUAUAUACAGAGUUAUUCGUAUCUGGCCUAAAUAGUUAGUACUUAGCUUCAAUGUUAACUUCGAGCCCCGAUUGCUUGAUCUACCCUUACGUGACUAGUUUGAGUUUCCAUUAUUUCUCCGCAUCGAAUCUAUAGUUCUUUUUCGUGGACACACUCUGAAAAUUUUUUGAUCUUAACUAGUUCGUAUAUCAUUAUACUCGUACUCGUAUCACAUAUAGAUGAUACAUAUAUGUGUAUAUUUUCUAUAUGUUCUAUUUGCAUUUCUUUUUGUCUUAUUUGUGGCAGUAUUUAAAUUACAUGGUUUCUUCUCGAUUACCUUUGUAUAUUAAGCACACUAAACAUUUAGCUAGAAACCUAAGAAAAACUUAAACAGAAUCGAUUCAAAAAGGCAAUUCAAAAUGUUUGACAUUACUAGCAUAAUAUACAGAUAACCGCUUUUUUCUGCCGCUUUUCGGUAGCUAAGGUAAUUUAAUUUAUUCGUUAAUUUUUAUGAAUCAAUGUGAAAAUGAACUGUACAACUAUAAGUCCGAGCGAUCGUGGGUGGGAUCGACUGACUGACUGAUUGAGUGAUUGAAUGAACGAUUGUUUGCAUGUUUGUUUGUUCGGGCGGUGCGUGUGUUUGUGUGUGUGCAGGACAAACGGCCGGCACACUCACACGCCCAAACACCCACACAGAGACAAACCUAGUUGUUUAUAACCUAAAAACACAACCAAUGAGAGCAUAUACACUUCUAUGUAUUUGACGUUAAUUCGAUUCCGUUUCUCGAGUGUCUUCAUUUUUCUUCCUUGUGUUUUGCAUUAUUCGGUAAAACGAUUUUUCAUUUAUUUCUCUAUUUAUUUAGUUUUUGCUUUAGCGUGUCGAUUUCCCAAGUGAAACAAUUUACAUAAAUGGUUUUUGUUGAAAUGAUUUUCAUCUAAAUUGUUCUUUCUCGCAAAUUCUUUUUUUCAUUUCUUUUUUGUGUUUUCCAUAGUGUCAUUAAGGUUAAAUAUUCAUUAAUGACUUAUAGGGUUUUACUCAUUUAGUUUAUUUUAUUCACAGAAAAGUUACGCCAUUUACUUGUCAUUAGUUCUUUGUUUUCAUUUCGCUUUGCUGCUUUUUAAUAUAUUUUAAUAGUUGAUUGUCUAAAACUAUAACAAAAGAUUUGUUAAGCUGGAAUUUGUACAAAAUAGUUUUGAAUAAUUAUGCAUUAAAAAAAAAAAAAUUUGUAUCAGCACAUUUAAAUAAUUUGAAAAUUCUUAUUAAAUAAAUAUAUUCAAAGCUUACGCAAAUUUUAAUACAAUAUAUUGUAAUAUUUACAGGUCACACCAAAAAUGGCUGAUAUUUUGUUGCCUAUGAGUUUUAAGUUUUGUUCAGACCUCAACAAAACCAAAAACUAAAAGCUAACGGAAGUAUUAUUAUACAAAAUAUAUUUAGUUUUUCUUUUCAUUUGGUAAUGCCGGGUUGCCUAUUCAUUUGAAUUUAUAUGUUGUGUACGAACUUUUUA